UUGGCCGUGGCGCGGAGUUUGAAUGUAGCUUAGGGGCGAGUGGCUGAUCAGUGAUAGAUUUUCAUCGAGACAGUUCGAUCUGGGCGACGCCGGUGCUGAAAGGAUCCUGUCUGACCUGCAGCAGAUAAUAAUAAUGGGGUCAUCUGAGUCCAGAGAACAAGUUACCCCGUCCCGCCCCCUGCGCAACCAGCAUUUGGCACAUGUCACUGACCCCCGUUCCCCCACCGCCGGGAUCCCCAGGACGCCUAUUGCGGUUGGGGAUUCGCCGCAGCGCGCCGUACUGUCUUCCAUCGAGGAAGAUCUCCAGGAUACCCCAGAAAUUACUGACCCCCGAUCGCCCACCCAUGGAAUUGUCCGCACUCCCCUGAGGCCCUCCUUACACGUUGCCCUGAACCUCCUGGCCAAGCAGCUGAGCGACGUGUUUAUCUCCGAGGAUUCUGUGGUUGAGGAAAGCCCCUCGAGCGCCCUGAAUCCUGGACCCUCUGUUCCAGAGGAGCCACAGACCACCCCGCCGGCCGACCUGGAGGAAGCCAAGAAGAGUUCCUCGGAAGAAACUCCAGUUGUCCAACCUCCGGUGGCACCAGAGCCUGCACAGCCGGCUGGGCAACCCCAAAAGCCCAGGGGCAAGUCUCCGCGGUCCACAGGCGCGAAGCAUUCUCGGCAGCGCCCCCGGAAGGCUCUACAUUCUUCGGCACCCGGGAGAUCGCCCUUCAAAAUCCUCCAGGAGGAUAACUCUCCCAGUACGGCCACGGCCUUCAGACAGGUUAAGAAGCUCUCCGUGCAGAACGACCAGUCGCCCUCUCUACGCUCUGCCAAAAUUCCGCACAGCAGCUGGGAGACGACGCACAACAAAGAGAAUGCCCUCUACCGGCAAACUCAGAGCUGAGCCGCUCCGGGGUUCCCGUGACAACUGCCUGGAACAUGUAUGUAAAUAGGAUUCUUUACUGUAGGGGUGGAUUCCAGACCUUCCCCUUUGCUAUAGUGCUGCUGUGUAUCUCCUUGCACUACACGUGUAAAUAUUUCUUCUCGUCUGUGAAUUUCAAUGUAUUUUGGUCAAUUAAUAAAUGAGAUUUUACAAAAA